AUGGGUUUGCAUGUGUGUUUGGGAGUGGAUCUGGGCGGUUUCCGCCGCUGCAUGCGGGUUGACAGUGGUGAACGCUGCUAUUUUCGCCCAAGCGAGCUUGUCUCGCCUAGGCGAGAGUAUCAGAGUACUCACCACCACGAGAGCUCGCCUAGGCGACCUGUCCACGUCUUGAGCGACGCCAUGUCUCGCUCAGGCGAGGAGGCCUCGCCUGAGCGAGAAAUCAUGGGAAUACUUCUGGAGGUAGGCCUGAUGGUCGUAGCGGUGCAGCCUAGUGGACCAGUUGUUAUGGUUAUUCGUAGAAGUUCUAAGGCCCUAGUGCCUUGUUCUUUCCUAAGUACUCCUAUGGAUGACUGUAAUAGUUGUUCCUCGUUCGUUUCAUGUUCAUCUGGAUGCUUCUCUGUUAUGGCACCCCCUCGUGUAGCUCCUCCUCAACCUUCUCAGGGUGAUGGGCAAGACCUGGCUAGGGCGAUCGAGGCUAUGGCUGCAGCCUUGACGCAACAGAGUAAUGCUAUGAUGCAACAGCAUGAGGCGGCGAUGCAGCGCCAGGAAGCCUCUCUAGAGCAGCAGCACUUCAUGAUGCAGCAGAUGGAAGCUGCUAGACAGGCUGCAGAGGAUGCUCAGAGGCAGCAUGUGGAUGCUCUCCGUCAGUUAGGGGAGAAUGCUGCUGGUGCACCGAUUCCCGACCAGGCGGACCAAUGGAUGAAAGACAUGGAGCGCAUCUUUGAUGCCAAGAGGUGCCCGGAUGAGAGCAGACUGGCUUUCACUGUCUACAUGCUCACUGGAGAAGCUGAGCAUUGGUGGGCCAGCAUGAAGCUGGUGAUGGAAGAGAAGCAUGAGGACAUCACCUGGAGAGCCUUCAAGAAGAGGUUCUUAUCUGAGUAUUUCCCUGAUAGCGUGAGGUACGCUAAGGAGGUAGAGUUCCUCCAGCUGACACAGGGGAACAAGUCAGUGGCUGAGUACGCCGAGCAGUUCAAGCAUCUGGGGCGUUUUUACACCAUGCCGCUCGAUGAGGAGUGGCGUUGCAGGAAGUUUGAGAACGGUCUCAGAGGAGACAUCCGCUUGAUGGUAGCUCCACUGUCCAUCAAGGACUUUGCGGCCUUAGUGGAAAAGGCCAGGGUCAUGGAACGUAUGAAGGUAGAGGUGGAAGCUCAGCAGCAACCACAGCAGAGGGUUAGCGGACCAUCUGGGUCCAGGCAGAGGGUUGAAGAGAAGAGGAAGCCAUAUGCAAGACCCCAUCCUCAGCAACAGGGAUCUGGAGGUUUCUCUUCCCCGCCCGGCAGGAUACAGUGUUAUCAUUGCGGAGGACCGCAUGCGAAGAAUUUCUGCCCACAGCUACCAGGUUUCCGCAGAUGCAAUCUUUGUGGCAGGGUAGGCCACUUCGGCAGGGAUUGUCCUUCUAGGAGAGGGGCAGUAGCACGACCCCCACCACACACCCCGAGUCAGAGUUCAGGCCAGACUCAGCAGAGAGGAGGAGGCAGCAGGCCUCAGGCUACAGGCCGAGUUUUUGCUAUGACUGGGUCAGAGGCGGCAGGUUCAGGUAACCUUGUUAUUGGUUGUUGUGUGAUAUCUGGCAAAUGUUCAGUUGAGGUAGAGGGGCGCGUAUACAAAGUCAAUCUGAUAUGCCUCCCUCUGCAAGGGUUAGAUGUGAUCUUGGGAAUGGAUUGGCUCUCUGCCAAUCACGUUCUCAUAGACUGUCGGGAGAAGAAGCUGUUGUUCUCAAACUCAGAGGAGCCUGAGUUGUUGUCUUCUAAUGAGGUCAUGAAGGAAAUUCAGAGCGGUGCACAGUGUUUUAUGGUCUUUGCCAGGAUGGAAGUUGAGAAAGAGGAAAGGAUAACAGUGAUACCAGUGGUCAGGGACUUUGAGGAUGUGUUCCCUGAAGAGGUACCAGGUCUACCCCUUAGGAGAGAGGUUGAGUUCUCCAUAGACUUGGUACCAGGAGCCGGUCCAGUGUCGAUAGCUCCUUACCGUAUGGCCCCAGCCGAGUUGGUGGAAUUAAAGAAGCAGAUAGAGGAACUGCUUGAGAAACAGUUAAUACGGCCGAGUGCUUCGCCGUGGGGAGCGCCUGUUUUGCUUGUGAAGAAGAAGGACGGUGGCUCCAGGUUGUGUGUGGACUAUAGGCAGCUGAACAAACUGACUAUUAAGAACAAGUACCCCUUGCCAAGAAUAGAUGAUUUGAUGGAUCAGCUUCAUGGGGCGUCAGUGUUCUCCAAGAUUGAUCUUCGGUCGGGUUAUCAUCAGAUUCUGGUGAAGGCAGAAGAUGUGGAGAAGACUGCUUUUAGAUCCAGAUAUGGGCACUAUGAGACGCAGGAGGAACAUGCCGAGCAUCUGAGGAUAGUGCUUAGCAUCUUGAGGGGGAAACAACUGUUUGCCAAGUUGUCAAAGUGUAGCUUCUGGAUGAGAGAGGUGCAGUUCUUGGGGCACGUUAUAUCAGCUCAGGGUAUAGCUGUGGAUCCAGCUAAAGUAGAGGCCGUGAUACAGUGGGAGUGUCCCAAGUCAGUGACUGAGAUUCGGAGUUUCGUGGGUCUAGCUGGCUACUACAGGAGGUUCAUAGAGGGGUUCUCCAAGAUAGUGGCACCCCUGACACAGCUAACCAGGAAAGAUCAACCGUUUGCAUGGACUGAUAGAUGUGAAGAGAGCUUCAGAGAGCUUAAGCAGAGGUUGACGAGUGCUCCAGUUCUGAUAAUUCCGGAUGUGAGUAAACCCUUUGAGGUGUAUUGUGAUGCCUCUCAUCAGGGUCUUGGGUGUGUAUUGAUGCAAGAGAGGAAGGUGGUGGCUUAUGCUUCAAGGCAAUUGAAGAUAUGGAGGCACUACUUGUAUGGUGCACAAUUCCGUGUGUUUAGUGACCACAAGAGCUUGAAGUACCUCUUCGAUCAGAAAGAGUUAAACAUGAGGCAGAGGCGAUGGAUAGAGUUUCUAAAGGACUACGACUUCGAGCUUCUCUAUCACCCAGGGAAGGCGAAUGUGGUAGCAGACGCACUGAGUAGGAAGACAGUGCAUGUGGCACACUUGAUGAUAAAAGAGAUGGAGUUGCUUGAGAGCUUCAGAGACAUGAAACUACAGUUUGAGUUGGAGCCGGAAUUCAUUAGAUGUAGCACCUUGGUCAUAUCUAGUGACUUUCUGGGCUUAAUCAGAGAAAGACAAGCAACGGAUGUUAGUCUACAGAAGGUGAAAGAACUACUGGGGACAGAUCAGGCCAAGGAGUUUGCCUGGGGCAGUGAUGGUGUGUUGAGGUUCAGAGGCAGAAAGGCGAAGGUGGAGCAUCAGAAACCCGGUGGAACGCUUCAACCCUUGGAUAUUCCGGUGUGGAAGUGGGAUAGCAUAGCCAUGGAUUUUGUCACCCACUUGCCUCGCACCGUGAGAGGACAUGAUGCUAUAUGGGUGGUGGUGGAUCGUUUGACGAAGAGUGCUCACUUUUUGGCCGUGAAUCUCAGGAUGUCUAUGACCAAGUUGGCUCAGCUCUACAUUCGUGAGAUAGUGAGACUUCAUGGAGUGCCUAGUAGCAUAGUGUCUGACAGAGACCCCCGGUUCACUUCCAGGUUCUGGCAGGCACUGCAGGAGGCUAUGGGUAGCAGUUACCAGGCGAGUAUAGGGAUGGCACCUUAUGAGGCUUUGUAUGGGAGGAGGUGCAGGACUCCUUUAUGUUGGUACCAGGAUGGUGAGUCAGUUUUGGUUGGACCAGAGUUGCUGCAACAGACCACAGAGAAGGUGCAGUUAGUGAGAGACAGGUUGCAAGCAUCCCAGAGUCGUCAGAAAGCAUAUGCGGACCGAAGAAGGAGACCUCUAGAGUUUGAGGCUGGGGAGCAUGUGUUCUUGAGGGUGACCCGAACCACUGGUGUGGGGAGGGCUAUCCGCUCAAGGAAGUUGUCACCUAAGUUUUUGGGUCCGUAUCAGAUCUUGAGGAGGAUAGGGCCCGUGGCUUAUGAGGUCGCAUUGCCACCCCAGUUGGCGAAUCUACACCCAGUGUUCCAUGUUUCACAACUACGGAAGUAUGUUUUCGAUCCAUCACAUGUGUUAGAGGCUGAAGACGUGGAAGUCAGGGAGAAUCUCCAGGUUGUGGUACAGCCAGUGGCUAUAGAGGAUCGUCAAGUUAAGGAGCGGAAGGGAAGAGCCACCAGUCUUGUGAAGGUCAUCUGGGACCGGAGGACAGGUGAUGCUACUUGGGAGCUAGAGGAGGACAUGAGGAGUUCAUACCCGCAUCUGUUCUGCUCUAUAAUUUGGUUCUUGGAGCUGUGGUAUUUCUGUUGCGGGUCAGUGUCGUGUUGUUCCCAUCAAACGAAGGUAAGGGAAGCUAGACUCUUCGGUCUUAAGUGUUUCUGGGUUGUUUGUGGUCGUUUUGAGUUCGUAUGCGUGCCUAGUAUGUUUUUAUCGAAUGAUAUGGGUUUGCAUGUGUAUUUGGGAGUGGAUCUGGGCGGUUUCCGCCGCUGCAUGCGGGUUGACAGUGGUGAACGCUGCUAUUUUCGCCCAAGCGAGCUUGUCUCGCCUAGGCGAGAGUAUCAGAGUACUCACCACCACGAGAGCUCGCCUAGGCGACCUGUCCACGUCUUGAGCGACGCCAUGUCUCGCUCAGGCGAGGAGGCCUCGCCUGAGCGAGAAAUCGUGAAAAACCCACGUUGCGCGUCUCGCCUGAGCGAGAAUUCGUGA